AGCAACAAAAAGCAUCUCUUCAUUACCUAGCUGGAAAAGCUUGCCCAAUGUGCCAGUGGAAGAUGUGAAUCUAAGUUCUGGACACAAAGCCAGAGUUUCUGUGAGUGGUGGUUGUCAAGUUGCUUCUACGCCAAUGUCUUCUCAAAGCACAUCUGUCAAGGAACCAGUGAGAAAACUGAUGUCUAAAUUAAGGGAGACUCUUCUGUAUUUUUUUCCUGAGUAUCAGCUACCAUCAGAAUUGGAAGAACCUGCAUUAAGUUGUGGGCUGGAGCAGUGCCCAGAGCAGAUCAACAAAAAGCUGAAAAUGUGUUUCAACCAGAUACAGAAUACUUGCAUGGCCCAAUAUGAAAAAAAGCUAAAGAGGAAAAUACAAUCCGUUAUCUAUGAUUCAAAUACGAGAGGAAUACACAAUCUCUCUGGGGAUGAGAAGUGCUUAUGUCAGUGUCACAGGGCAUUCUUCAGGGUCAUCGAAUAUUUGGAAGUCAAGGGUGGUCCAGAAAGUGACCGGGAGCAGAUUGACACCUAUUUAGAAGCUUUGCUUAAAGAAGAUAAUCUCCUCUUCCAGAACAACUAA